CAGACACCCGUACUUGCGGUUGAUUCCGACAAAAAUGGACCUGCGGCCGAUUGAGUCGCACGACUUCCACGUGGCAGACGCGAAAGGAAUAACCGUUAGCGAUAGACGAGGAAUAUGUAAGAAAAUCGCAUGUGAAGUUGACAAGUUGACUGCGGGUCAGGAGGAUCCAUGGGAUGUAAUGCUCUUGCAUUUGAGGCAGAUGAUAGAGGCCACCGGCGCAGCCAUAAAAGGGCACGGUGUGUGCCCAAACUUCUCAUGUUCGGUUCCGGGUAGCGCGUGCAGGGAGUUGGUAGCAAUCACGGAUUUAGACGACGUUGUGGUGAAACUGAAAUCUAUGAACGUUACCGAGGAUGGAUGUACGAACUGUCGUCAGAAACAUCCCAGAUUGCCAGACGAAAUGCGGGAGAGGAGUGUUCGCGUGCGGAUGACACACAUCGAUGGAAUAGAAAGAGAACAAUACAGUCAUAUGCACCAACUUCUGAUGAGGAUUAUAAAGGACAUGGGAUUCAUAGGAGUAGAAGGUGCGGAAGUGUAUCUGGAUACGUAUUACGAUGACGGGUUUGGGAGGAUUAUCGCAGAUGUGAAUGUGCUGAGAGGGAAAAGAUUUCCUUUAGAUGUUGGCGCGGAGUUGGUGAAAAAAGGGUUUGUUUUCGUGCAUCCAACACUUUGUUUGCGGCCCGAUUUGCACGUCGUGCAAAGCACUGCCAUAGUUGUUGCUGAAAGGGAAUUGGCGAAACUAGGUGUAGAAACGAACGACACAAACACUCCGCGAGAGAGGGGCAAAAAAACAUUUGAUCAUGUGGUCAGAACGUGGUUUUGGAGGACGAAAAUUUAUUCGAGAGAAUGGAGUUUGAAAGAAUGUAUCGAGAAGUUUGAAGAAGAAGAAGGUGCGAAGUACAACAGGGACAUAAUACCUCGCGUAAACCUGAAUAUGUGGAAAGGUAUGCAAAGACCAUGGGCGUACAAGGAAAAGCAAGCGCAACGGCAAGAGAACACCGGGAAGACAACUCGGAAGGCGAGAGAGAACAUGCAAAAUUCUGAAAGAAAAUUCCGCAAAGGCAAACGGAGACGUGUCUCCUUUGAAGGAUACAGCGAUGAGGAGGAGGAGUCAGAAGAAGAGGAGGUGUUGGAAGAAGAGGACAAUGACGAGGGAGAAGUAGAAGCAGCGGAGGGGUCAGGAGCGAGAAGUUCAAAUGCGACCGAGGGACGUGUCGGAGAGAGAGAGAAAAACGUUGCAGAAGGCGGACCGUUAGUUGGAACGGGAGGAGAUGAUAGAGGAGGGAGAAUAUCAGCGCCUUGAAUUUGGAGGCUUUGGAAAGGGGACACAUUGGUGGAAUUGUUCCACAGAGUUUUUCCAUGUACUUAAAGUGCAUUGGAGGCUUUGGAAAGGCUGUAAAAGUGCAGGUAACCUAAAUGGAUGUCGUGGCUGAGAAAGUGAUUGCUUUCGAGGGAAGGAGCGUAGUCAAGUGCAGGAUAAAACUCUAUAGUUUGU